UCUGCUUUCUACCUGCAUGAUUCGUGACACGUAAGAAACGACUCGGGUGCUUUAAUACUAGGAAGACUUGGACAAGCCACAUCGGGAUCUGUUGGCUUGAACAGUUUGAUGGCAGAAUGAAACACGAGCGAUCAGCGCAGAGCUGCAAUUAAAAAGACGCGCAAACGACAAGGACGCCGAAGCGCAAUUAAGGGGAACGGCUGAGUGGACUGUUAAAGAGAAGGUCAAUCUGAGUGCAGGAGCCAUAUUUACCAUGUCUUCUGGGAGGCUGCUGAUGCUUUCUGUCCUCCGUGUACAGGCACCCAUCUAUUACUAAUGAAGAAUAGCUAGAGAAAAAAAGGCUCUACCGAGCUUCUCCUGAGUAGAAGAGGCUUCUUUUACCUCCUCUUGACACGUGAUGUCGCGCCAUAACCACCGCUUUGAGCGGGACUUGCGGCCCGCCUGGGAAAGAAGAGAUCGUAGCGGUACCUGCAUCACGGCAAACGGCUGCGGCUCUUCCGCCAUCUCCGUUACAUCUAACAACCGGCCUGGCCUGCUGCCCCUGCCCGUCAUGCCCUCUCUACUGCCCACUCCUGUCAAUGGCACCACCUGCAGCACGGAGCUCGCCAGCAAGCGCUUAGCCUCCACCUGCAGUAGUUCCACAGUGAAGCAGGGCUCAGCGCAUGCGGCGGGAGAUAAUCAAACUGCCGGACCUGUUUUGGCUCCGAGUGUCAGAUGGGGACAGACACCCAUUAACCAGUCCACUCCCUGGGACACGGAUGAACCUCCUACCAAACAAAUGAGGGAGAAGGAAAAUACAGGUCCUGUAUGGCCUCCUGCUGUACCCACCGUGUGCCAGGCGAGUCUACUUGCACACACCUAUAGUAUGCCCCAACCACCAGCUUACACCCAAGGAAUGACUGUUCAGGCUCCAAUCAUCGGUGCCACUCCUUCUCUUCAGACCCCAAUUCCUCCACCUCACCAACUGCUUCCCACACACUACCAGCUUGCUCAACAUCCCCCACAGCCCUUGGCCAGCAUGGUGUUAAAUGUGCACAAUCAGACCCUGGGGCUUACUGGUCUGCCUCCGAUUGCCAUGUCUCCCAUGCCUGGAGUAUGCCAGGUCACCCAGACUGCCCAGACAGUGCUGGGCAAUGGGCACCUGGCCCACCCUAUUGUACAGCCAUCCACCACACUAACCAGCAACCUGCCUCUGACGAACGGACAAGCAGCCUUACAUACGCCUGGUAACAAUGCCUCCAUCACUCAGGAGAGUGCGAAUGGCCUGCAGAUGCUCCGCACAGUCGGCAUGGGGAAGUAUGAGUUCACAGACCCGUGCCAUCCCAAAGAAAUGUUGAAAGAAUUGAACCAGCAGCGGCGAGCGAAAGAAUUUACAGACCUGAAAAUAAUUGUUGAAGGCAAAGAGUUUGAAGUCCAUCAAAAUGUUCUAGCUUCCUGCAGCUUGUAUUUCAAGGACAUGGUUAAAAGGUUGGCCGGCGAGAGCAGGAACGGUGAAAAGUUGAUGCUGACGAUGAACAACAUUGAUGCUGAUGUUCUGGAGCUGCUGCUAGAGUUUGUCUAUACAGGCUCCCUCAUCAUAGACUCAGUUAAUGCCAAGACCUUACUGGAGGCUGCUAACAAGUUCCAGUUCAACACUUUCUGCAAAGUCUGUGUGUCGUUUCUGGAGAAGCAGUUGACGGCCAGUAACUGCCUGGGAGUGCUGGCCAUGGCUGAGGCCAUGCAGUGCACAGAGCUUCACAACAUGGCCAAGGCCUUCGCUCUGCAGAACUUUCCUGAGGUGGCGAGUCAGCAGGAGAUCCUCAACAUCUCAAAAGAGGACUUUAUCGGCUACCUGUCCAAUGAUAGUCUUAACGCUAAAGCAGAGGAGCUGGUUUAUGAGACGGUUAUCAAGUGGAUCAAGAAGGACCUCGAUAACAGAGUACGGCAUAUAUCAGAGCUGCUGGCUGUAGUUCGACUGCCCUUUAUUCACCCCAGCUACCUGCUAAAUGUGGUGGACAAUGAGGAGCUGAUCAAGUCAUCAGAGCCAUGCAGAGACCUGGUUAAUGAGGCCAAGCGCUACCACAUGCUUCCCCAUGCCCGACAGGAAAUGCAGACCCCCAGAACACGCCCGCGACUCUCCGCAGGCACUUGUCACCCAUGUCCACUCAAAAUGUCACUGGAAGCAAGCUGUGUGGUAUGUCAGUGUUUUUUUUUUCAUAUGUGUGUCAUUUCUUCUGUUCCUGUUCCUGCAGGGGUGGCUGAGGUGAUAGUGCUGGUAGGGGGGCGUCAGGUCAUCGGGAUGAACCAACGCUCACUGACAGCCGUCACUUGCUUCAACCCUCAGAACAACAAGUGGUACCCCCUGGCCAGCCUGCCUUUCUACGACCGCGAGUUCUUCUCUGUCAUUUCAGCGGGGGAUAAUAUCUACCUGUCAGGUGGAAUAGAGUCAGGAGUCAUGCUGGCAGACGUUUGGUACUACAUGUCCCUGCUGGAUAAUUGGAACCUUGUGUCUCGAAUGACAGUCCCUCGGUGCCGCCAUAACAGCCUGGUGUAUGACGGCAAGCUUUAUGCCAUCGGAGGACUCGGAGUGGCGGGCAACCUCGAUAAUGUAGAAAGGUAUGACACAAUCACGAAUCAGUGGGAAACCGUGUCGCCUCUGCCCAAGCCUGUGCACUCUGCAGCAGCCACAGUGUGUCGGGGAAAGAUCUACGUCUUCGGCGGGGUAAACGAGGCUGGCCGCUCAGCUGGAGUCCUGCAAUCGUAUGUGCCUCAUACCAAUGCCUGGAGCUUUAUUGAAUCCCCAAUGAUAGAUAACAAAUAUGCUCCUGCUGUAACGCUCAACGGCUUAAUCUAUAUCCUGGGAGGAGCAUACGCCAGAGCCACAACCAUCUACGACCCAGAGAAGGGCAACAUCAAAGCGGGACCCAACAUGCACCACUCGAGGCAGUUCUGCAGUGCCGUGGUCCUGGAUGGGAAGAUCUAUGCUACAGGAGGCAUCGUAAGCAGUGAGGGUCCAGCCCUGGGCAACAUGGAGGCCUUUGACCCCUCUGCGAAUGCUUGGACGCUACAACAGAGCAUGCCAUGCCCACUCUUCAGACAUGGCUGCGUAGUGAUCAAGAAGUACAUUCAGAGUGCCUGACAUCGGGUCUUCAUAGGAUGCUGUUGCUUCCUUGAACACUUCAUCAGUUUGUGCGCCAGUUUGUGCUGCCCCAGGAUUACCAUUGUGGACAGAGUUUAUUUCUCUUAUACGAUAGUGUUUUCCCCGUUCUCCAUUUGUUUAACCAUUUGUAGCAACCCACUUUUGUGUAAGAGCCUAAGCUGCUGGCACUAGUGGGUUGAAGUUACACUAGCCUUACCACCCUUUUGCCACUGCAAUUGAAGUUCACAUAUGUUUUAUCUGUCUGUCGUGUCAGGUUUUAUGUUUGUGUUGGCUCACUGUUAACUGACUGAUUCUUUUUUAUGGUUCAGAAAUGUUUUUAGUCAAUUCAGUCAGGUUCUAAUUAUCAGUGUAGCAGUUUUUUUUUCCCUUUUCUGAAGAUGAAAUCAGCUCUGCUUGGAGUCUAAUUACAGGAGUCACACAUUUUGAUAACAAGGGUAAAGAAGUUUGUUUACUUAGCUGAAGUGUGAGUUGCAGGACUAAUUGAUAUGUAGUAUUCGUGCAGAGCAAUUGUAUAAAAACAAAAGUAUUUUCAGGGAUCCGACCCUAAAACAAUACUGCCACUGAAGAUAAUACUAAUAUUGUAAUUUAUAUGCCAAUUACUAGCACUGAAAGGAUAAGAGCUUCAUAGAAAAAAUAAACUCCACAAUGGCUUGGUCUUGAUGGUGGAGUUUUACACUGGACCAUUGCACAUUUCUCUUGCACUCUGCCAAAGCACAAAUGAUUUGAGACUCUGAGUGAGAGGAUAUUUUUACUGUUGUUUGCAUCACUGUUUGCCAAGCCCACCGACUGAGGCCUGGCAGGACUCUCGGCAUGCUGAUGGAACAGAACCGGAUUCUCUGUCAUUUGGAGAUAGAAAGAGUAUCAUUUAUUUUAGGAACUUGAACUGUUGAAAGUUGUUUCAAGACAAAUGUAUAGUUGUAUAAUUAAUGAGUUCUGUACCAAAAAUGAACAAUUGAUCAAUGCUACAUAGCUGAUAUUGUGUAAUUUCAUGAGAGGACCUCACCAUUAAUAAGAACAAUAAUAAGUAUGCAAAUACAAUGUUGAUUCCUAAUGA